AUGCCUGCAAAGAUCAAGAACCUAACGGCAAACGUAGGAGACUGGUUUCGCAGUUGCCUGGUUGGCCUUGGCCUCCUCUUGGGCCGUGCCCAAUGCUUCCUGGCACCGGAAGCCAAGGCUGAGGCCAGAGCCAAGGUGCCGGGAUGGCUGCAGCAGCUCGCUUGGGCUCCGCUGUGGGCCCCUUUGGGGGCUCUCGCGGAGGACCCGCAGUCCCCGGAGGACGCGCUGGCGCAGCUGAUCAAGAAGGCGACGGGACAGGACGGUGGAAGCGGAGAGUCCACGCCGAGUCUGCUCCUCCUGGGCUUCGGGGCAUUGCUGCUCUACGGCGUCUUCGCUGUCUUCAAGUUCCUGCUUGCUGCUGUUGGGGGGCUCUUCGUUGUCCGCGAGCUUGAUCAGCAGUUCGGGAAGGACAGUCGCAAGAGCUCCAAGCUUUUCGAGAAAGCUCUGCGGCGCUUCGCCGGCGAGCCUGCAGACUUGCUGGAGGAGAGGCGCCUGAAGGUCGUCCGCCUCAAUGACGAGGUCGUUAGCUUUCAAGCAGCAUUGGCGGAGCAAACCUCAGGACCCUCUGCUGGAGCUGCCCUGCGGGACCAGACGCGGCGCCGGCGCUUUGCCGAGACCUGGCAGCAUGUGUUGGAUGACGUGGCCAUCUCGGAGGCGGAGAGGCAGAAGAUCGAGGAGGCGGUGGCGAAGUACAUGGAAAGCGAGCGGGAGAGGCAGGAGGAGUUCCGCGAGUCCCGCGGCCAGUGGCUCGCUUCCCUCUUCGACAGCUCCUUCUUUGGCGGGAUGUCGAGCCGCUUCCAGGUGACCUCCAGCUUGGACAAGCAGAUCCGGCUGCAAGAGGAGCUCAUCAACAGCAUCAAGAAGGCCGUCCCCGACUCCAAGUUCGAGAACUUGAAGAAGGUCCUGUCUGAGAACGUGGACCUCAGCUGGUUGCUUGACCAAGCCGAAGCCAAGAAAGCGGAAGCAUCCGAAAACUCGCCCAGCACGGUCUACGUCCUAGACUUCGACGGCGACCCCACGGCUGCUGGGGUCGCCCUGCUCUCCCAGGAGGUCACGGCCAUCCUCGAGGCCAAGCAGCCCCCCAAGGAGGUAGUGUUGAAGCUCAAGUCGCCCGGAGGUACGGUCACGGGCUAUGGGCUGGCGGCGGCGCAGCUGCUGCGGUUCCGUCACCGCAACGUACGCCUCGUCGCCUGCGUGGACGAGCUGGCAGCCAGCGGUGGGUACAUGAUGGCCUGCUGCGCCGACCAUGUCCUGUGCUCGCCCUUCGCAGCAGUCGGCAGCAUCGGCGUGAUCGCGGGCGUACCCAACGCAGUGGAGCGCUUGGACCGGGAGGGGCUGAAGGUCAUCCAAACGACGGCCGGGAAGUGGAAGCGGACCAUCGACCCCUUCCAAGCCCCGACACCCGAAGCCUUGGAGAAAGCCGAGGAGGACGUCAAUCGCAUCUAUCGACAGUUCUCCAGCUUUGUGAAGGGCAACCGUCCCAAUCUAAACAUAGAGGAGGUCGCGACUGGUGAAGUAUGGUUCGGGGCGGAUGCCUUGGAGAAAGGUUUGGUCGAUGAGCUGAAGACCUCUUCAGAGUAUUUGCUGGAGCACAUGAAGCAGGGCCAUGAGGUGCUGAGCCUCAGCUACAACGCACAGUCCCGAGGCUUGGGCAGCCUUGUCGGCUCCCUCGCAACAGCCUCGGACUUCGCGCAAGCCUUGAGUAAAGCAUCAGAGCUGUCGGAGCUGUCGGAGCUGUCGGAUCUAUCCACGGAGCUGUCUUCCAUUUCCCAGCUUUCCAAAUUCGCCAAGCUUGCCGAAAGCAACGCCUGGCCGAGCUCUCUUCCUGAGCCACGGGUUCAGGCCCGGGGCCCCUUGGGGUCCUUGGGCGACCGCGGCUUCUAG